UAGAAGCCCAUCCAACCACCAAAAUGAUAUUCUAAUCUCCAACAAAUGGAUGCCACUGGCCUCCUACCAUAAUAAUAAGACACCUAAUCCGCACGCCAUCAUCUCUUUUCAGCAUCAAGCCAACCAAAAUAACAACUAAAGCUGCUACAAGAAAUCAUUUCCUGUGACCCAACCACAUGAGAAUCGAACCAAUCAGGCACAGAUGUCAUCAAAGAGAAAACUUUUCUUCCUUCUCAUCUUCAUCUCAUCCACCUUCUACAUCUUCAACUUUCUCAAAAUCAGAAUCACCACCACAAGAAGCCCCUCCAUGCGCCUAGCAAAAAUCCCCCGCACCCCCAAAUACUCACCAUUUGUGCCUCACAAACUCACGAAUCAAGCUACCUUCCAAGAAGAGGAGCCAUUCACACCCAAAGAGCUCGACUUUCUCUCAAACAUUAUAACCCGGAAUCAAAACCGCAACCUCCUCUUCUUUGGCCUCAACCCGCAAUUUCUCCCCCUUGCGGAAGCUACCACUGGCGGCUCAGUGAUCUUCCUGGAAGAUGAUGCUGAAAGGAUUCAAAGAUUUCGCCUUAGAACAACAUAUAGAAAUGUUACAGUUCAUAUGGUCAGAUAUAAUGAAGUGGCUGGCGGAGCUUAUGAGCUGCUCCGGCAUGGAAGAGAGGAACCAGAUUGCGGUCGCAAAACUAGUAAAUUUUUCGGUGAGACGAGAUGCAGACUGGCAUUGAGCUGCCUUCCGCAGGAGGUUUAUCGAAGGAAAUGGGAUGUUGUUGUGGUCGAUGGGCCUAGGGGAAACUGGCCAGAUGCGCCGGGUAGAAUGGCUGCAAUCUACACGGCGGCCGUAAUAGCGAGGAUGGGAAGUGGGACUGAUGUGGUCGUGCAUGAUGUGGAUAGGAUGAUUGAGAAGUGGUUUUCUUGGGAAUUCCUCUGUCAUGAUAACUUAGUUUCUGCAAAAGGGAAGUUGUGGAAUUUUAGAAUUAAUGGGACCUUUCAGUCUGAUGGCUUUUGUCCUGUAAAGAAAGUUCAGAUUAUGUAAGAAUGCUUAUGCUUCAGGUGUGAUGCUAGAAGGAAAACUCUAGUAAACACGCCAACAAAACUAGCCUCGGAAGUUAUUAAUUCCGUAUGUAGUGCAGGAAUUGUUUUUUCAUUGAACAUGUUUCAGCAUUAUAGGAGAUGAAAACAUGGAUGCUAAAGUUCUGCAACAAUUGGGCAACUAAAAUUUCGGAACUAGCUUAGUGUUUGGCUUGCACUUUAUUUCCAAUUCAUAAAAAAAUUGGAAUUUACUUUUGAUUUAGGAGUAAAAAUGGUAUAGGAGGAACUGAGUCAUGAUGUUGGAUUUUAAAUAAGUGAGGGAAUUGACUUUGCGCUGCGUUGCAAGUUACAACUCAAUGUUAUAGUGAGAAUGUGAAUUUGGCUUUCAAGCCAAUCUCUGAA